AGGGUCGCGAACAUACGGACACAUAGUGACAGGGGCGCAGGCAGGCGCCGGGACUGAGCCACGGGCACCCAGGACACACGGACACGCCGCUGGGAGAUCAUGGGGUGAUAGGUCUAGAGCUGGUGCCGGGGUUCUGAGAAACAAGAAGGUCCCGAGGCUGGAAAGAAUAGAGAAGUAAGUUAGGAGAACAGUGAAGGAUAACAUACCUCAAGUGACCAGUCUUCUCAAAUAAGAUGAAGGGAAACCGGGAGUAACAUCUACUGAGGGAAAGGGACCGUUGAGGAAGAUAGAGCCAAACUCCUAGAAAAAGCUGUCUGUACUGGUUAUCUCCACUUCCUCUGCUCUCAUUUGUGACCUCAUCCAUCACUCAACAGAAACGGCUUUCUCCAAAGUCACCAGUGAUCUCUUAAUUGUAAAAUCCAAUAAAACAGGAAACGGAGACAGAAGUCCUGUGUAGCUUGCAGUCAUGCCAUUCCCAUUUGGAAAAUCUCAUAAGUCUCCAGCAGACAUCGUGAAGAAUCUGAAGGAAAGUAUGGCAGUUUUAGAGAAGCAAGAUAUCUCUGACAAGAAAGCAGAAAAGGCUACAGAAGAGGUUUCCAAAAACCUGGUUGCUAUGAAAGAAAUCUUGUAUGGCACCAAUGAAAAAGAGCCCCAGACAGAAGCUGUAGCCCAGCUCGCUCAGGAGCUGUACAACAGCGGCCUCCUCAGCACGCUGGUAGCUGAUUUACAGCUCAUUGAUUUUGAGGGCAAAAAAGAUGUGGCCCAAAUUUUCAACAACAUCCUCAGAAGACAAAUUGGUACAAGAACUCCUACCGUUGAAUAUAUCUGCACUCAACAGAAUAUUUUGUUCAUGUUAUUAAAAGGGUACGAAUCUCCAGAAAUUGCUCUGAAUUGUGGAAUAAUGCUGAGAGAAUGCAUCAGACACGAACCUCUUGCCAAAAUCAUUUUGUGGUCAGAGCAGUUUUAUGAUUUCUUCAGAUAUGUUGAGAUGUCAACGUUUGAUAUAGCUUCAGACGCAUUUGCCACAUUCAAGGAUUUACUUACAAGACACAAGUUGCUGAGUGCCGAAUUUUUGGAGCAACAUUAUGAUAGAUUCUUCAGUGAAUAUGAAAAGUUACUUCAUUCAGAAAAUUAUGUGACAAAAAGACAGUCGCUCAAGCUUCUUGGGGAACUUCUGUUAGACAGACACAACUUCACAAUUAUGACAAAGUACAUCAGCAAACCCGAGAACCUCAAGCUGAUGAUGAAUCUUCUGCGAGACAAGAGCCGCAACAUCCAGUUUGAGGCCUUCCAUGUCUUUAAGGUGUUUGUAGCCAAUCCUAACAAAACACAGCCAAUCCUAGACAUCCUUCUCAAGAACCAAACGAAACUGAUUGAGUUUCUCAGCAAGUUUCAGAAUGACAGGACCGAGGAUGAACAAUUUAAUGAUGAGAAGACCUAUUUAGUUAAACAGAUCAGGGAUUUGAAGAGACCAGCACAGCAAGAAGCUUAAUCUCCAUUAAACAAACAUCGGAAAUGUCCAGCCCCAAGUCAGCAUUUGCUGUUAGAUAUUCAGCAUCAGGCACUCGUACCGAUUCAUGAGGAACAUCACUGCUAACCUGCUGUCCAGUGAACGGUUUUCAUUUUCCUUUUUUCCUUUUUUUUUUAGUCCAAGUUGAAAAACAGCUGCUGCUGCUGCUUUCUUGCACAUUAGAGCACCGUGUGGACCUUUUCUUGGUCUUUGUGUCCUUUCCGAAUUCAGAGACACUGCUUGUUGGAGGGUCCUAGCAAGGCGAGGGUUCGAAAAGCAAACAGAGAUUCUAGUUUGAUUUAGGAAAGAAGGCGUUAAAGGUCCUUAAGUGACCGGCUGCAUGCUUGCCAAUCUGAUUCAAUCCAUUACGUUUGCACUUACUCGUUUGACGUCCAAGCACGCUUGGCACCCUUAGUAUCUGAUUGUACGCCUUGAUUUCGACAAAACAGAAAUGUUCAGUGCUUUAUCUGUGAUCAGAGGGGAAAGGUGUCGGAGAGGCUCCCUGGAGGAUAGUUGUCAUGCUAAUAAACCGAUAGAUGUUGCAGCCUAGCAGCUUGUCCGGUGGGAAGGAGGCCUCAGGAAAUCCCGAAGGAGACAUGUAAAUAGGCUUUUCAGCGCUUUCUAGAUUUUUUUGACAUUUGGUUUGAUUUUCUUGAGACUUGUCAACUUGGAGAUGUUGGAGGGUUUUUGUUCAUUUGACUUUUUAAAGGAAGGUAUUUUAAGACAGUAGAACUAGCAGUGACAUUUCAUUUCAACAGUGCUUACAGAUUUCUUUUGUAUAUAACUACUAGACUACUCAUUUCUUUAAAAUGAUUUAAUUUGUACAGCAGAAGAAUGUUAUUGUAUUAGUCUGUAACUAUUACCUAAUAUUGAAUUUUUGCAAAAAUGAAUGCUCCUAUGUAAUUGAAUCUCUCCAAUCACAUGGAAAUGCUGAUUUAACACUUUCCUGAGUACUUACUGCAGCAUUAAAGGGAAGAACAACCAAAUUCUUUGUAUUCACUUCUCUAACUGGGUGCCAUCCAUUAGAAUAGGCUCAAAUAGAAACUGGAACCAGUAAACUGUAUUCUUACUGGAUAAUAUUGGCCUUACUCAUUUAAAAUUAGUUGUGAGUUCACGAGAUCUAUAAAUAAAUGGUAAAGAUUAUGCUCAA